AUGUGUCAUUUGGCGAUGCAAGGGAGCAGCGCUCUUUCACUCAGCCAAUUAUCCACUGACGUUCAAUUAAAUAUGACUUUCUGGGGCAGGCAACAACGUCUUAACAAGCCAAGCACAAGCAAAAGCAUUGAAAAUACUCAAUCAAAGUGCUUCCAUAUGGAAAUGAGUCUGUGUAGUGUAAACAAUAUUUCUGAUGAAAUCGCUUUACGCAGGCAACUCUUACGUGAUGGUGGAUGGAUGAACAUAUUUAGUAUUGAACAUCUGGUCAAAGUGAGGCUAAAGCAAACGUUUGUUGAGCUAAAAACAUUAAAUUUCCAAUGA